AUGAAAUUGUCUCACAACGAUCUAGUUUUUAAAUUGUCUUUUUAAACUGUAAAUUAUUUUCAUUUCUUUAAAAUGCAAUUUACUACCGGUUUCAUUAUAUUAUUAUUGAGCUUAUUCUCCAUCGUAAUGGCUGAUGACUAUGACGAUUGUCCAGUUGUUUGUCCCCUUAUUUACGCACCAGUUUGUGGCACUAUACAAAAUUUGGACGGCGAAAGUGUAAAAUGCACUUUUCCCAAUGAUUGUAUGUUGGGUGCAUUCACGUGUAGAGCAAAACAAGAAUUGGUUAAAAAGCGGGGACCUUGUAAGGAAAAAUUUGAAGGAUGCAAUGAAAUUAUUAGAGGAUUUUAAAAUAAAUUUGUAUUUUAUAAUACAUUUUAUAAUAAAAAUAAAAAUAUUGAAUAAAGUUAUAUGCAGAAAGUA